AUUUCUUUCCAAUUUCAUUUUUAAUAUGCAAUUUUUGUUAACCUAAUUGCUUUAAUUCCUCAUUUACAAGGUUCUUCGUCUUUCUUUCUCCCUAAUUUGAUACUUUUUCUCCUGCGCUAACCCUAAUUUCUCAUGAUUUUUUAAAUGGAGAAAGUUACAAUAUCUGAUACUUAUAUUUACCCUCUUUUUGGUGGUGAACUCAUUGUCGCAUAAGUUAUAAUGUUUUUGCUAGAAAAGAAAAUCGUGAUUUCUGCUGGGAGUAUGAUCUUUGUUUUACGCACAAUUUCUUGUGUUACUUUAGCUAUUAAUUUUACUUUUUGAUGCUUUUUUUAAAAUAAUCUUAUUAUUUACCGAAAUACUUCGGCCCGAGUUUAUUGUUAUUUGGGUUUUUUGUUAUUGGGAUAAAUCAGUAGAUUACAGUAAUAUUUGUAUUAUGUAUAGUUUUUUGACCAAAUUUUUCUAUAUGACUUUGUGAUUAGCUACACAGUUUUAUUCUUCCCUACAUUAUUUUAUGUUAUUUAUCUAACCAAGUAGUGGAAGUUAGGAGGAGGCCAAAAUUGUGUUGAAUAUUGUGGGUUGAAAGUAAUAGAAGGAACCAAGCAUAAAAGCAAGUAAUUUGAUAAAAAUGAGAUAUAAAACCAUAAAUAAUAACACCGAGAUUUAAUAAGGUUCAACUACUCUUGUUAGACUAUGUGUUUUGUAUUUGUGUUUAAAGGAUAGUGGAGCUAACUAGCUCAAUCAAUACAAAUGAAAAUAUUACAACAAGGAGAUAAUAAUGCGCAAGUGAGGAAAAAUGUAGUGGGAAAGAAAUACAUAAUAGAGCACGGGGGCUUAGACGGAGAAGUGAACUUCAAGCAUGAGCUUGACUUAAGUUACAACACAAAUAAGGGCUUGUAUUUAUAACCAACAAAGAGGGUUAGCAUUGAGUAAAAGCUGCCAGAAACAUGCAUGAUGAGCAGUUUGAGCUUACCUCAGCUCGGACGAGCAACGUGUAAUUUGAAGCUUUUCGUUCCAACAUUUUGAGUUCCCGUUUGAGCAGCUUCUCUGAUCUCCACGUGAUUGCUUUACACUCCAAUCCCAAGUGCUCCAAUGCUUCCAUAAUGUACUAAGACGAUGUCAAAGCAUCUUUUCUUCACAAGUUUUGACAACAACUCUUCAAGAGUCUCUUGGAAUGAAGUUCAGUGUGGCUGCAUGAUUAUUUUUGAAAGAUGGAUGCGGAAAUAGCUCCUACUUUGCAGACAGACAAUCUUAAUCUUUCAAAUGGUGGCAGCCCAGUGGCAAAUUUGGAUUCUGGUUCUGGACAAGCUGUAAGUAGAGAAUAUAUAGAUAAUGCUGCUUGUGAAAAACGCAAGCAAUCACCUUUGCCAGUCAAGUCUUUAGAUAAAGGUGUACAUGAUGAUUCUGAACCUGGCUUUUCAGUUCCUGACCACCUGGAAGAUAGAGCAAUCAAUGAUCUUGAUGAGUUUAACACAAACAUAGAAAAUAUUGUGAAAGUGCAAAAAGAAACCAUCUCUUGCGAAAAACUUGAGUCAAAGGAAGAACAAGAAAAAGACCAGGAAUUCAAUUCUGAUUCUUUAGAUCGUCAGAACAAUGAAGAAAAUAAUGCAAUGCGUGUGUCUUUGAAAUUGGAAACUUUGAAGAAAAAUGAUCUUGUACGUGAUCAGCUGCUGCCUUGUCAUAGUGAGGCUGAAGCAAACAUGGAUGGUGAUGAGAAAGUGCGAAAAGUAGUCGCUGAUACUGUUUUAGUUGAAUCACAGGACAAACAAGAAGUAAAUCAGGAGUUGAAUCCUGAUUCCGCAAAGCCUCAGAAGGAGGAUCGAAAUGCCAAACAUGCACCUCCAAAAUCUGAAAGUUUGAUGAAAGAUCCCUCUGUUAGUGAUCAGCUACCACCUGAAAAUGAGUGUGUAGAUGAAGAUCAUAAACCAAACCUGGAAUGUGGAGCAAUCAAUGACCUUAUUGUGCUUGAAACAAACAUGGAAAAUUUUGAAGUGCAAAAAGAAGAUGCCGAUGCUCAUGUAGUCGAGUCACAGGACAGACAACAAGAUCAAGAGUUGAAUUCUGACUGUGCAACUCUUCAAAAUAGGGAAGAUCAAAAUGCCACACGUGCAUCUGAAGAAUCUGGAAAUUUGAUGAAUGAUAACUCUGUUGAUCAGCUGCCACCUGAUGAUGAAGGUGUGGAUAAAAAUUAUGAACCUUGCUUUUCAGCGUCCGAGCACCUGGAACAUAGACCAACAAUUGAUCCAAGUGAAGUGGACGUAAAUAUGGAAAGUGUUGAGGAAGUGACAAAAGAAGUCGCUGUUACUGAAGUAGUUGAGUCACUUGAGAAACAAGAACAAGAUCUGGAGGUAGUGGAAAAAGAAGCUGCGGAUAGUGAAGUAGUUGAGUCACAGGACAAACAAGAUCAUUAUCAGGAGGAAAUGCAAUUAAAUGUUGCAGAUACUGAAGUAGUUGAGUCACAGAACAGUCGAGCACUAGGUCCGGAGUUAAAUUCUGAUUGUGCAACUCUUCAGAACAAAGAAGAUAACAAUGCCAAAUGUGCUUCUCUAGAAUCUGAAAGUUUGAUGAAUGGUCACUCUCUUGGUCAGCUUCCACCUGAAAGUGAAGGUGUAGAUACACAUUGCUUUUCAGGGUCUGAUCAUCUGGAACAUAUAGCAACAGAUGAUCAAAAUGAAGUGGAUGUAAAUAUGGAAAGUGUCGAGGAAGUACCAAAAGAAGCUGCUGAUAUAGUAGUAGUUGAGUCACUGGACAAACAAGAACAAGAUCAGGAGGAAGUGCACAUAGAAGCUGCAGAUACUGAUGUAGUUGAGUCACAGGACAGACUAGAACAAUGUCAGGAGGAAGUACAACAAGAAGCUGCUGAUACUGAAGUAGUUGAGUCACAGGACAGACAAGAACAAUAUCAGGAGGAAGUACAAAAAGAAGCUGCUGAUACUGAAGUAGUUGAGUCACAGGACAGACAAGAACAACAUCAGGAGGAAGUACAAAAAGAAACCGUUGAUACUGAAGUAGUUGAUUCACAGGACAAACAAGAACAAGAUCAGGAGUUGAAUUCUGAUUCUGCAAAGUCUCAGAAUCACGAAAAUCCAAAUUCUGAAAGUUUGGUGAAAGAUCACUCUGUUAAUGAUCAGGUGCUACCUGAAAAUGAAGGUGUAGAUGAAGAUUAUGAACCACUCUUUUCAAUGCAGGAGCGCCUGGAACAUGAAUCAACUGAUAAUCAUAGCGAGGAUGUACACAUGAAAAUUGUUGAGGAAGUACAAAAUGAGGCUGCCAGUACUGGAGUUGUUGAGUCCCAGGACAAUCAAGAACAAGAUCAGGAGUUGAAUUCUGAUCGUGCAGAAGCUCAUAAUGUUGAAGAUCAAAAUGCCAAACAUGCACAUUCAAAGUCUGAAAAUUCGAUGAAAAAUGACGGUGUUAGUUGCCAGAUGGAACUUGAAAAUGACGAUAUAGAGGAAGAUUUUGCAUCUGAAAUUUCAGUGCCUGAGCACCUGGAAUGUAGAUCAACCAAUGAUCUUAAUGAUUCUGAUACACAUAUGGAAGACAUUGAGGAAGUUCAGGAAGAAAUUGUUGAUUCUGAAGCAGUUAUGUCACUGGACGAACAAGAAUCUGAUGAGGAGUUAAGUUCUGAUUCUGCAAAGCGUCACAGCAAAACAGAAAAGAAUGUCAAACAUGGAUCUCUGAAGUCUGGAAGCUUGGUGAAUGAUCACCAUGUUACUUAUCAGCUACCACCUGAAAAAGAAGGUGAAUUUGCCAUCUUUGAUUUGGUUUGGGGCAAGGUGAAGAGCCAUCCUUGGUGGCCUGGGCAAAUAUUUCACCCUUCUGAUUCCUCAGAGAAGGCAUUGAAAUAUUAUAAAAAAGAUUGCUAUCUGGUUGCUUAUUUUGGUGAUCGAACGUUUGCAUGGAAUGAUGCUUCAGUAUUAAAGCCGUUCAGGAAUCAUUUCCCCCAGGCAGAGAAGCAAAAAUAUUCAGAAGCUUUCCAAAAUGCUGUGAACUGUGCUUUGGAAGAGGUCUCCAGAAGGGUAGAACUGGGCUUAUCCUGUUCUUGUGCCUCCGAAGAAGCCUAUGGCAAGAUCAAAUAUCAAGUAGUUGAAAACUCUGGGAUUAGGGAAGAGUCAAAUAAGCGGGAAGGAGUUGAUAGAUCCAUGGGUGUGGAUUCUUUUCAACCUGAUAAGCUCACCGAGUAUGUUAGAGCUCUGGCACUUUUCCCUACUAGCGGUGCUGACCGGCUUGAACUUGUUAUAGCAAAAGCUCAGCUAUUAGCUUUUAAUCAUUUGAGAGGUUAUGACACGUUACCUGGCUUCCAGUAUUAUGAGGGGUUGGUGGAAUUUGAAGCUGAUUCACUGCCUGAGGAUGAGGUGAUGAGAGAUGAGGAUGAAUAUGAACAUUCAGUGAAUGGGGUUAACGCCAAGAAAGGCCCUCGUAAACGCAAACACAAUCUGAAAGAUAUUGUGUACCGAAGGAGAAAAGAAAAAACCGUGACGGAAUUAAUGGGUGAGACAAUGUAUUACCUUGAUGGUGAAUUUGAUUCUUUUGACGAGGAUGAUAUUAGUUUGACUUGUACAGCUAGUGCUAAGAAAAGACCAUCCAAGUUCCAUACAGAUGAUUUCACCGCUCCACAGAACACUAAAACGAUCUCUGUAGCUAAGGUUUCAAAUUCAGCAUUUACAACUCCUCAGCAAUCCUUCAAAGUUGGUGAACUCAUUAGCAAAGUUGCAAGCCAAAUGACCGGGUCAUCUACAAAUAUCAAAGACUGCAGCAAGGGAAACAACAAGAAUUCAGGGACUGAUGCUAAUGAAGAAAUAGAGCUUCCUAGUGGCUCUCUGACCAAGGACACAACCAUACAAUCAAAGAAAUCCUCUUUGGAUGAUAUGCUCUCUCAGCUGCACUUAUCUGCACGAGAUCCUAUGAAAGGAUACAGCUUCUUGAGUGACAUUGUUAGUUUUUUCUCUGAGUUUAGAAAUUCAGCUGUCAUAACUCAGCGAAAAAGACUGCGCCAAGGAGCUGGUAGGAAAAAGAAAUCUGAUGCUGUUGUAGGGCCCUCUGAAACUUUACAAGUUGAUGAUGGAAACGACUCGUAUUGGACUGACAUGGUUGUCCAACAUGAUGCUGAAACUAAACCCUCUCGACGUGGUCGUAAGAGAAAGGGUGAACAGGUUGCCCGUGGUGAUAACGAGAAGCCUCUUCAACUGAAGCCAAAGAAGAAUUCUAGGAAAAAGUAUCAUCAUGGUGAUCAUGAAGCAGUUCCUGAGAUGCCAACGGAGGAUGAUAAAAAGCUGGACCUGCCUGCAGAGCUCUUGCUGAACUUUGGUGAGACUGGUUCUGUACCUUCAAUAAUGAGUUUGAACAAAAUGUUCAGGUGUUUUGGGACACUGAAGGAAGCAGAGACAGAAGUAGAUACACAAGGCAGUCGUGCUAGAGUGGUCUUUAAGAAACGUUCAGAUGCUGAAGUUGCAUACAGUAGUGCUGCAACAUUCAAUAUUUUCGGGUCAAUACUGGUUAAUUACCAACUAAAUUAUACACCUGUUUCCUUUAGAAAUAACCCCCGCUCAAUGGCUUGUGGAAAAGAGGAAUAAACGUCUCCUUCAAACUUCAUUUCACCGGAAAGAUUUUGAGGUCACUGAUCAAGACUGCAAUCGGUGUUCUGUGGACUGCUGGGAUUUAAAAUUGCAAACAGCAGGAUGUUGACAAAGAAGGUAACCAGGCAUUCUUCUGGUUAUCUGCUCAUUUCUUCCUGUUGUCUGUUGCUGUAUUGUAAUAGAGGAAACGGUUUCUUGUUACUGUGCGUAAAAGUUUUAUGUUAAUGCUCAGCAUAACAAUUAAGUAAGGCCAUCUUGGCAUCAAAUUGGACCACAAUUCUGGCUUUCGUUGCUUCAUAUUGCAUGCUGAAUUCCAAGAUGCAGAAGA